AUUGCCUCUGGUGAGAUAUAUUUUCCAAUCCCAUUGGACCUCCCAAACUUUCAGGUCCUCCAAUAUGGGGAAUAUACUAUCCAACUGACACCAGUCAAAAAGCAUAUCAUUGAACAAGAUCGAUAAAGGGUAUGAGAUGCAUUCUUAUCUUACUAGAGUUAAUCGUUAAAGCCUAUAAAUUGCCUUUGGAAUCACACAGAAAUGCAUCCCCAUUAACCAUCAAAGAUUAGUUGUUAGGUAUCAGAAGAACCGAAUGCAACAGGGUGUCCGCUUCCAACAGCAGCGCUGUAUCGUACACAGGAGGGAAUGGCACUCAGCAAAUGACUCCAACAAUCAUGUUUCAGGCACGCAACUGCUGGUGAAGCCAUGUAUUGAUUCUCCUCAGCUGUUGGACGACCCCCAUAUCAUGUUUAAGGAAGGCCACACUCUGCACCAGAGGGAAUGGAACUCAGCAAAUGACUCCAACAGUCAUGUUUCAGGUCCGCGACUGCUGCUAAAGCCACGUAUCGAAUUUCCACAGCUGUUGGACGACCCCCCUAUCAUGUUUAAGGAAGGCCACACUCUGCAAUCAGGGGGAUGGCAUGUCAAUAGCAGUCACCAAAACGGCUGGCACCACAGUGAAAAGUUGCCUAUCAACUCUAACAAUGAUUUUGUGGUCAUGCACCGUUUCCAUGAAGUACAUGUUCCUGUGAGAACCAGGGUGGUGCAGGUGGUGAAAUAUGAGCAUCACACCUCUGCUAACAAUUGUCACCACCGGCAGGUUUGCAAUACCGAGAAUAGGGGCUACCAGAAAGGUCCAUGGCUGAUGAAGGGCCUUGAGGAAGAGACAUCUGAUGUUAUCAAAGUCUUCAUAAAAAACUGAAGUGUGCGGCCUAGCUUAAUGGCUUGGCUAGUAUCUUAAGUACAUGAAUAUGUAAUGUUUUAAUUUCUGUAUCAUAUUCCUGGACUGUCUAGUGUGCCUUCUAGCUACUUCUACAGAGUUUGCAUGUAAACCACAAUAAUAAUCUCAUUGGACAUAUAUAUUCUCAGCCAUCACACCAUCCAAUGAUUUUGGUAUGAAACAGAUUGGUGGUUGUGAUGUUUGUUUUUGUGCC